CGCGGUCUUUUUACCGUCUUCAAAUCUCCGCUAGACGAGCCGCCUACGGGUUCCUCCCCAACGCCAGCAAAGCAGCUACUUGAGGAUGCGUGCCAUCACUCGUCAAGCCCCGCGGACGUUGGCCCGUAGUGCAAAACGCGCUCUGGGAGCGCGAUGCAUGGCCACGCAGGUUAUGGGCGAUGUUCCCUUACCCGACAAGCCGUCGACUAGAUACACUGCGGUCACCCACCCUGAGGACCCCGCGUCCAUCACGCCCAAGGUCAAGGAGAUCAUCGACCGCUCGAACGCGUACAUCCUCCCCGUGUACGCUCGCCCGCCCGUUGUCCUGGCUAAGGGGAAGGGGGCAUACGUGUGGGAUGUGAAUGGACGCGAGUAUCUGGAUUUCAGUGCCGGGAUUGCGGUGAAUGCACUGGGACACGGGGACGAGGGUCUUGUAGAGGUUCUAAAGACGCACGCAGGAACAUUGCUUCAUACGAGCAACGUUUACCACCACGAGCAAGCCGGGAAGCUCGCAGAGCUCCUCAUCACGCUUACCCAAAAAGAAGGCGGAUUGGGCUUCGCGCCAGGCAGCUCGCAUGCGCUCACUGACGGCACGAGCGGCGCCAAAGUCUUCUUCUCGAACUCGGGCACGGAGGCGAACGAGGGUGCGCUGAAGGUGGCUCGCAAAGUCGGGAAAGCGCGCUGGGCGGCUGCGACAGGAAAGCCGGAGGACGACCCGUCCUGCGACAAGAUCGAGAUCGUGUGCUUCGCGAACGCGUUCCAUGGGCGAACCAUGGGAGCGUUGAGCGUGACGUCGAAUCCAAAAUACCAGAAGCCGUUCACGCCCCUCAUACCGGGUGUGAGGGUCGGUCAUCUGAACGACGCCGUGGGCUUGGAGAGCCUGGUGGGAGAGAAGACGUGCGCAGUCAUCGUCGAGCCGAUCCAGGGAGAAGGCGGCAUCCACGCGGCGGACGUGAAUUGGCUUCGGGCUCUCAGGAAGCGGUGCGACGAGGUCGGCGCGGUGCUGAUCUAUGAUGAGAUUCAGUGCGGGCUGUAUCGGACUGGUAGCCUCUGGGCCCAUUCCGGCGUCCCAAUCGACGGCCAUCCUGACAUCGUGACCACUGCGAAGCCGCUCGCGAACGGGUAUCCGAUUGGUGCAGUGCUCAUGCGGGAUGAGAUCGCAAAGGUGAUGACGGCCGGCACACACGGCACUACGUUUGGCGGUUCUCCCCUUGCCUGCGCGCUGGGCUACCAUGUCCUGUCCCGGCUGUCGGACGAGGUAUUCACUGCCAACGUCAAGGAGACUGGCGCGUACCUGCGCGCGCGGUUGGAGUUUUUGGCGCAGUGGUUCCCCGACAUCCUGGAGGAGCAAGUGCGCGGGCGUGGGUUGAUCCUGGGCCUCGGCUUCAAGGACAAAAGUCACCCUGCUCGGGUCGUAGAACUGGCGCGGGAGCGCGGGGUGCUUUUGUUGACGGCUGGGUCGGAUGCUGUGAGAAUAGUACCGAGCUUGAACAUCGGUGCGGGAGAAGUUGGACAUGCUAUGGAUGUGCUUGCGAGCUGCCUGGAGGUACUAAGUACGCAUUAGAGGUCUUGUAUAGGCGUCCGGGAAUACGAUUGGUUCGUUAUAGUU